AUGGCCGACUUGCGGCCCAAGGAGGACUCCUUCGCCCAGGGCAGCGUGCUGAGCAUGCAGAACGCAUCCUCGUACUCGCGCAACAGCAGCACCAACCACGAACAAGAAGGCCACCCCAUCCGCCGCUGGCUGGACACCUUCCGCCGCGACCCCGGCCGCCAUGUCACGCCCGCCUCCGUCAUGCACACCGCCGAGGACCGCCGCCGGGCCUCCAUGGCCACUCGCCGUUCCGAGGACACCCGCCCGUCGUUGGAGCGGCGAGGGCGCUCUCGCGGCCACUACUUUGACAUGCACGCCGCUAACGUCGGCACCGCGAAUACCCUACUGUCGCGCGAGCUGAAGGGGAGGCAUCUGCAGAUGAUUGCUAUUGGAGGUUCUAUCGGCACCGGUCUGUUCGUGGCAUCCGGAAAGGCACUCCACACAGGCGGCCCAGCUGCCGUCUUGAUCGCCUACCUCUUCGUGGGCUGCAUGUUGUAUUGCACCGUUCAAGCCCUUGGUGAACUGGCCGUUACCUUUCCUGUGGCGGGUUCAUUUUCGGCUUACUCGACGAGGUUCCUCGACCCAGCGUGGGGGUUUGCGAUGGGCUGGAAUUAUGCCCUCCAAUGGCUAGUCGUACUGCCCCUUGAAAUUAUUGCCGCCUCUAUCACCGUGAGUUACUGGAAUAGCAACCUCGACCGCUCCAUAUUCAUCACCGUCUUCCUCUUCGCCAUCAUUGUUAUCAACCUCUUUGGCGUCAAAGGCUAUGGCGAAGCCGAGUUUGUAUUUGCCAUCAUCAAAAUUACCGCCGUCAUCGGCUUCACCCUCCUAGGCAUCGUGAUCAACAUCGGAGGUUUCCCCGACGAUGGGUACAUUGGCGGGCGGUACUGGGACAACCCGGGGGCCUUCAACAACGGCUUCAAGGGACUGUGCGCCGUUUUCGUAACAGCGGCCUUCGCCUUCACAGGAACAGAGCUAGUCGGGCUAGCGGCCGCCGAGACAGCCAACCCGCGCCGCUCUCUCCCCACCGCCAUCAAACAAGUCUUCUGGCGCAUUACGCUCUUCUAUAUCGUCUCUCUCACCCUCAUCGGUCUCCUCGUUCCACACAACCACCCGCGCCUCCUCGGCGCUAAAUCCGCCGCCGACGCCUCGGCCUCCCCCUUCGUCAUCGCCAUCGAAUCAGCCGGCAUAGCCAUCCUCCCCGGCGUCAUGAACAGCGUCAUCCUCGUGGCCGUCAUCUCCGUCGGCAACAGCGCCGUCUUCGGCUCCUCGCGCACGCUCGCCGCCCUCGCCGACCAGCGCCAAGCGCCCUCCAUCCUCGGCUACGUCGACCGGCGCGGCCGCCCCCUCGUCGCCAUCCUCGUCGCCUCCGCCCUCGGCCUGCUCGGCUACCUCGCCGACCUCGACGCCCAGUCCGACGUGCUCAACUGGCUGCUCGCCGUCUCCGGCCUCUCCUCGGUAUUCACCUGGGGCUCCAUCUGCCUCGCCCAUAUCCGCUUCCGCCGCGCCUGGCACGCCAAGGGCCGCAACACCCGCCAGCUCGCCUUCCGCUCGCAGGUCGGCGUGCUGGGGUCGUGGGUCGGGCUCGCGCUCAACGUGCUCGUCCUGCUGGCGCAGUUCUGGACCGCCGCCUGGCCCAUCCCCCACCCGGAUCCGUCCGGCUCGGGGAAGGCGCAGACGCUGGGUGGCGGGGGCGGCGGGAUGGGCGAUGGGGAGGCGGGCGGCCCGUUGGUGACGGGGGCCGGGGGCGUGGGCGAGGGCAGCGGCGGCGCGGCGGUCGUGCCCAUCUCGGCGGCGCGGGAUGUCGCGCAGAAUUUCUUUCUGCAGUAUCUGUGUGCGCCGAUCGUGAUGGCGUUUUAUGUCGGGUAUAAGCUGUGGUUCCGCACGCGGGUGGUGAGGGUGCAUGAGAUGGAUGUGGAUACGGGGAGGCGGGAUUUCAACUUGCCGAUUUUGAUAUCGCGCGAGGUGGAUGAGAAGAGGGGGAUGCCGAGGUGGAAGCGGGUUUAUAAGUUUUUGUGUUGA